AUGACCAUGAGUUUUAACGAACUGCCACAUCCACAAUCACCCUCUCAGCAGCAACAGCAGCAGCCUCUUCGCCAGCAACAGCACUACCAACCUCAAGUACAGCAGCAACAGCAGCACAUGGCCAUGAACGGCAUGAACGGCAUGGCCCCCAAUGGCCUUCCAGGUCCCACGCCGGCAGGUCAUCAGGCCGAGCUGAACUACAUCUAUGGCAUGGUGGAAGAGCUGAGCCGCCAAUUGGCAGACAAUCGUCGCGUGACGGAGGACAUCGUCAACGGUCUCGGCAGGGUCAGGGCAAGGGCGAGGCAGCAAGGCCUGAACAAUGACCAAGUCAUCGAAGCCUCUGCGGACGACAUCAAUGGCCAGGUCGAGAACUUGGAUGCGCUAAUAUCUCUCCUAUCCGAAUCGCUCGAGAAAGCUCGCAACUCGCGCGACGCCAAUGCAGCCCUCCUCUCUCAAUAUGCGUCAACCCUUGCGCUGCUGUUAAAGUCCUUUCACGAGUACAAAGCGAAGCAUUUGGCGGAUGUGACAGCUUGGCAUCGAUCGUAUCGAUCGCAACUCGAUGAGGCACGGAGGGAGAACAGCAAGCUUAGGGAGCAGAUCUGGGAGAUGCAAAGUCAUGCCAAGAGUGCAAACGAAAGCUUGCGCACGUUCAGGCGGCAAUACGAGGAGGACGAACAUCGAUGGGAAAGGAGAGUCGGCAGCGUUGCGACGAGGCAAGAGUUACGAUUCUGGAAAAGGAUGGCCAUGCCGGAACUGGAAGACGACGAUACCUACUGGAGCGGAGAUGACGAUAUCAUCGAUCCCGCCGAGAAGGAGAGGCUGCGGAUCCAGCAAAUUCGGCUGCAGGAACAGCUCCUGGCGGUCGAAAGAGCGGACGACAGUGACGAUGGAGGUUUGCCGCAAGUCAAUCAGCCGUUCCAGCCUUUGGGUGGAGUCGCGAUGCAGAGAGAUACCUCGAGCAAUCCGCUGGCGCCACCCGUGCUUCCACCAAGGCCACUGAGCGCCGCGUCGAGCACAGGGUCAUCGGGAGAGACCAGAUGA